CCGCAGCAUCGCGCCGUGCAGCGAGCGCAGCAGCCGCUCACGCGGUACCUGCCCGUCGAUAGAGACGACUUCGACCUCAGGCGGCACGUCGAGUCCGCCGGUCACCAGAUCGAGGUGUGCCCGUACGUGUCGGUGACGUCGACGUCGUGCCGCGGCUACCUGCACAAGCUCGGCGCCAAGUUCCACACAUGGUCCAAACGGUGGUUCGUUUUCGACAGAGAGACGAAAACGUUCGUCUACUACUGGGACAAGAGUGAGAAGAAACCGCGGGGCGGGGCGUACUUCCAGGUAAUCGAAGAGGUAUACCUAGACCACGGCAACACGUCAAAGUCACCAAACCCGCAGACCACGUUCAUAGUGAAGACGCGUCAGAGGCGGUACUACCUGAUGGCGCCGUCGGGAGAGGCCGCACGCAUCUGGAUCGACGUCAUCUUCACCGGCGCGCAGGGUUAUACCGAGUAUCUCGAAUGACAGCUGUCAGAUUUGACACCUGUCAAUCUGUAGGCGCGCCGGUGGCUGUGGGGAAUACCGAGUAUUGACGUUUUUGGAUGUGAUAAAUGGAUGGGUCGCUAGUGACGUUCCCGUGUGUCAAUUUUUAUAUUAGUCACUAGUGAUGUUAGUAGGACAAUAGAGAUGUCGGUAGCGACAGUUGUGUGGGAAUUUUAAAGUGACACAGAUUUUAGAUUUCUGUGAAUGUAUUGUCACAACGAUGUGUAGUUAAUGUCAUUUUUGACGUAAUACAUGUCAGAUUAAAACCGCAAUUAAUGCAUUUACGCUCCGUGCCGGGUUGAUUUUCAGUGAUGAAUGUUGUGUGUAGUGUGUAAUGACAGCUGUCAAUUUUGACAGGUGUCAGCUAGUGUGAUCAUGUGUCAAAAGUGAUUGUUACUUUUUAUUGUGUAGCGCUGAAAUGUUUUCUUUUCAGUGAUAUGCAUGUAGGAUAGGAUAUUUUGGAGUUUAUCUAGAACUCUAGAUUUUCUAAGAUAUAAGAAUUCUGGCGCGUAGCCAUGAAUAUUCUGGAAUAUUCUUGAGAACUUAAAUUGAAUGAGGAUGUAACUAUCUUGUUUCCCUUUCGCUUCCUACAUAAUGUGUGGCAAUUUUCGGAGGGGAAAAAGAUAAUAAUAUAUUCUUCGUAUUAUAUAAAAAUAUAUACACAGUAUUCUAUAAUAUGUAAUUAAAAUUCUUAGCCAAAACGUAAUUUAUUGAAAAUGAAAUUUAUAAACACCAAUAGCUUUUAACAACUGUGCCAAUUAUUGUGCAAGAGUGUGGGGCAACUAUUUUUAUAUACAUUUAUAAUUCUAUGAGACGUAAUCGGUGCCUUCUUUAAGACUGAAUUUACAGAAAAUUUUAACCAGAUACGGAAAGGGACGUGAUAUUUUUAAUAUUUCAAAAUGUACACGUUUUUACAAUUCCGUCUUUUUAAUAAAUAUAUUCAUUGAAAUCUACAGGUGUGAAAAUAUGCAAUUCAUGUCCCUUUCACAUAUGAAUAUUUUAACAAAGUCUUACCACAUUUAAUACAAUAUAUUUAUGAAUGAGUGAUGUAACUAUAAAUUUUAAUAAAUGUAUUUUUAAGAAGUGAAAUGAUUUUAAGAUAUUCCCAAAAUAUGUUUAAAAUAAAAUGAUGUUAUGUCACUGUUAAAAUAAACAUUCUGUAUGUUUAAUUACAAUAUAAUAUUUUAUUAUAAUUAUGCAGACACCGUAAUACAAAUGAAUUUAGAUUUUAAAUCUUACGCGUUUUGGCAAAAUCUCGAAAUGUAUGUUUUGUUAAAAAUAUGGCAAAUUUAAAUUAAAGCUUUUAUUUUUAAAAAAUAAAUUAUUUGUUGAAGUGUUUUAUCAUGGCUGAAUGAUUUAAUUCCUUUAACUUUUUGGCAGCUAUUUUACCGGACCAGAGUAAAUGGCUCUUUUUACUAAAAUAUACAUUUUGCGAUUACCAUGUAUUAUUUUAAUUAUAAAGUUCGCUAAAUUAUUUAUAUAUGCACGCUUAUUAAUGUUACCAUUUUAGUAUAUUCGGUUUUAGCAUGGCAACUAUACAUUGUCGCAUGAGUACAUUCGAGUACAGAUUAUAAAAAUUAAGUAGUCGAAAAUUGUGAAGAUAUGAUACCUAUAGUAUUUAAUUUUGUUCCGCAUCCGCUUUUAAGAGAUUUACUCUAAUCAAGGCAUGAAGCUAUUAUCAGAACGCUGUUUCUAUUUUUUACAGAAAAUUUAUUGUCUGUAACAAUCUUUGAAUUUAAAAUCUAUUAUUUUUGCACGUAGAUAAUGUCACUACAUCAAAUUUUCCAAGUACAAACCAUCAUGUAAAUACUUAUAUAUGAAAGUAUUUUGUCUCGCAGGCUAGUGAUGUGGCAAAGGUCUUCGAAAUAUUUAGUUAUUACCAAGCAUGUGUAACAUAUUUUUAAGUACAAAUCGUGAUUAUUUUAAUACCAGUGUAUAAAUCAUUUAGCAUUUUAAUGGUAGGCGUAAAUGGCUGAUACCAAUUUUAUUUUAGUGUAAGGUCACAUUAUUAUUAACCACGAGAUAAUAAAGCGUAUAAUAUAAA